AAUCCCUAUUUUUCCCAAAUAAGCACCAACGCAAAACUAAACUAGAAGAGCAAAGGAAGUGGGAGUGGCUCACUCAUAUAUAAGAGAACCCUUCAUUCAUUGCUUUCUCUAUCCGAUCCAUGGCUUCACUUACUCUCCCAAAGCACUCUAUUCCCUCUCUACUUUCCACUCAAACUCUUAGUCCUAGACACUCAUUGUUCUCUCAUAACCUUCCAAUUGUCUCCAAUUCAUCACAAUCUCAGUUCUAUGGCCUAAAGGUCUCUUAUUCUUCAUCCUUGUCAAUCCCAUCUUCUUCUUCUUCAGUGAAGGGAUCCAUUUUUGCCAAGGUGAACAAAGGUACGGCCCCACCAUCAUUCACAUUGAAAGAUCAGGAUGGAAAAAAUGUGAGCCUCUCCAACUUUAAAGGCAAGCCAACUGUGGUCUAUUUCUACCCAGCUGAUGAGAGCCCUGGCUGCACCAAACAGGCUUGUGCUUUCAGGGAUUCUUACGAGAAAUUUAAGAAAGCAGGAGCUCAGGUUGUUGGGAUUAGCGGCGACGAUCCAUCAUCUCACAAGGCUUUUGCAAAGAAAUUUAGGCUUCCUUACACUUUGCUAAGUGACGAGGGGAACAAAGUGAGGAAAGAUUGGGGAGUGCCAUCAGAUCUAUUUGGAACAUUGCCCGGAAGAGAGACUUAUGUUCUUGACAAAAAUGGGGUGGUUCAACUUAUCUACAACAAUCAGUUCCAACCUGAAAAGCAUAUUGAUGAGACUUUAAAGCUACUUCAAAGCCUUUGAGCAUGUUGUUAUCUCCAGUUCUUUUUUUCCACCCUUCCUCUGUCUCUUGGAGUUAGACAAGUAUUUAUUCCUGUACCAUUCAAAGUCCUUAAUUUGUAAUUACUUUUAGAUAUUAGCCAGGUUUGGACCCUUUAUUCCACUGCUAGAGAAGGUGAUCAUCAUUUCUGCUCUAGAAGAACAUCAAGGCUAUUUUGACAAUUUCAAUGAAUGAAUAUCAAAUAUGAAGAUUGUUUUUAUA